AUGCAUCAACGAGAAAAAUUUGCUUAUGCUGAGAAUAAUGAUUUACGUGUACAAAUUGUUCAUGUAUCAUAUAAAAGUGAAGAUAAAGACACUGAAUUUGUUUUUACGGUGAUUUUACCUAAUCGAGGAGUUCAAUUAGAUGUUGUGGAACAAAAAUUAGCAUCACAACCUAAUUUAAUGCAAAUCAAAGAUCGUUUAUACAUUAGCAAAGUUAUUCACAAAGCGUUUAUUGAUGUAAACGAAGAAGGUUAGUUUGUUUUUUUCUUUUUGAAAAGUAGUCUGUUUGAUAAAAGUAAUGUAUUAUCUUAAUUGUGAAGUUUCUGAAGGAACAAGAGUAAUGAUGAGACGAAAAACAAAAUGUUUGAAAAAUAAUGAAUGUGGCGAUUAAGUUUAAAGCUAAUUGAUCAUUUUUGUUUUUCACUGAGAAAAAACAGUAAAAUAUGGUUUUAUAUUUCUUAACAAUUUUUCUUCGAGUUUCUCGUUGAAAAAUUAAAAACUGCUCAUAUAAAUGAGUAUGUAACACACUGGAAAUAUUUUUCUUACAGAGUUCUGAAUGGAAUGGAAUGAGAUGAAAAUAAUUGUUGCAUGAAACAAACUGGUUUGUUCCACUGCAUUCCAUGGGAUUCUUUUCGUUUCUCUCUAUCAGUUCAUUUUUAGAUCACUUUAUUUAACAUUUAAUUUUUUAUACUAAAACGAUUCUCAGAAGAAGGAAAAGCCAAAAACUAAACAUCUCUAAAAUAAAAAUGUUCUUGCAACGUUUCUGCAACUGCAACAGUUUCUAUUUCUCAAUUAUUUGGAGCUACAUGGACCAAAUUUCAACAAAAUAAUACACCAAAAUGUAGCGCAUUAAAAGCUCU